CCCAGGCUUCGGCGCGCGCCUUUUAAAGCUCGGGCUUGGGGUGGGGCGGGGGCUGCGCCCCUCCCUCCCCGCCCCGCCCCGUCCCUCCGGCUCACUGCGCCCCAGCCGCGGGGGCUCUCAGUGCUGCCGCCGGGGCCAUGGACCUGGACGCGCUCGGGAUGUUCCGGUGGCGCACCUGGAAAGCGCGGCUCCGGCUCGUGGUCGCCGCUUCCUGGCUGCCCAACGUGGCCCUGGCGCUGGCGCUGACCUCCGACUUGCUGCUGUUCCAUAAGCCGCCCCCUCACCACUGCCAGCCCGACCCGGCGCUGCUGCCCCCGACGCUGCGCUCCCUGGCCGGCCGGGCGCUGCUCAACGUCAGCCUCCCGCGGCUGCCGUUCACCAACAGCUGGAGCCCCUGCCUGCUGCUCCAGUACCCGGGCCCGGACCCCAAGCCCAACGGCACCAGGCCCUGCACCCGAGGCUGGGAGUUUGCGCGCCCCGCCGCCGGCCUGCUGAGCACCCCCAUCAUCCAGUGGAAUCUCGUGUGUGAGAAUGGAUGGAAGGUGCCCCUGGAGCAGAUAAGUUUUCUUCUGAGCUGGUUGUCGGGCUGUGUGAUCCUGGGCUCAGCCUGUGACUGGUAUGGCCGUCGGGUCGUCUUUGUGUUGUCCCUGACCCUGGCCACGGUGCUGGGGUUAGGGGUGACCCUGUCGAUCAGCUACCCCAUGCUGCUGUCCCUGAGGAUGUUGUAUGGGGCCUCCGUGGCUGGCGCCUUCCUCUCGCUCUAUGUGACCCGGCUGGAGAUCUGUGACCCCAACCACCGCCUCCCAGCCACCAUGGUGGCCAACCUCUUCUUCGUUGCGGGGACAGUCUCGGUGCCGGAGCUGGCGGCCGUAUGUCAGGAUUGGAGGCUGCUGGAGGGGCUGGUGACCUUCAUCCUGGGCCUCUUGCUGCUGUUCUGGGGGUUUCCUUUCCUGCUACCGGAGUCCCCCCGAUGGCUGGUGGCCACUCGGCAGCUGGAGAGAGCCCAGAGGGUCCUGUGGCACAUGGCCGAGAGCAACUUCAGCCCUGCCGAGUCCAGCUCCGUGAACCUUGCCGUGGACGCAGGACUGGACAGACUGUUUGCCAUGAAGCCCUUGCCCCAGUAUCACUGCAUCUGUAAGAUCUUCAGCACUCAGACCACCUGGAGGAACAUCCUCAUUCUGUCCUUCACCACGUUCCUCGGGUACGGCAUUCGCUAUAACUUCACACAGCACCUGAUGCCCCACCUGCCUUCCAUGGACACGGCCAGUUUCUUGCUGGCUGGGCUGGAGGGGGCUGCCAGCCUCCUGCUGAUCCCGAUGGCCUGCUGCUAUGGCCGCCGAGCUAACCUGCUCCUGUGGACAGUCAUCAUCAGUGUGGUCUCCCUGUUCCUUCUCUCCCUUAGCCAAGACCUGCCGGUGUGGAUGGUGAUGUUCCUCUCCGGACUGGGGCUCCUGGCCUCCCAGGCUAUCUCUGUGCUCAGCAUCUUUUUUUCCAGUGAGAUCCUCCCCACCGUGCUCAGAGGAGGCGGCCUGGGCGUCAUCCUGGCAGCCGGGUUCCUGGGACAAGUGACCACUCCCAUCACGAGCUUCUCCAGAACCCCCAGCUUCUUCCUGCACCACCUGGUGUUUGCCUCUUUCGCCGUGCUCUCCAUGCUCUGCAUCCUGCUCCUCCCCGAGAGCCAGGGCCGGACCCUCCCCGACACCCUGGAGGAUGCUGAGGGCAGACAGUCGUCCCUGCUCUUCCUGCCCUGCUGGACCCCCCAGGACCCUCAUGUCCCGCUGCUCCUGCCCCACCACCAGCAGACCCACUAUGGACAGCGGCAGCUCUUCAGAUCGGGGACUUUGGGCUCCAACCCAGAGAAUGGCGGUGAAAGGCACGAAUCCAUCUGGAAUAUCCUGGGCACCCGGGCCCUGGGCACGCGGGGGGCGAGGCGAGUGCAAGCCACUGAGCAGCACCCGCAGUGACUACCCCGACCCGUGCCCUUGUUGUAGCCCUGGGAAGGGAGCCCUUGUCAAACAGGAGGAUGCUUUGUCACUGUCACCUUUAUGGUAAUGGGGAGCGGCGGCUCCCUCUCGCCAACUCCCCUGUUUUCUGGAUGGGAGGAAAGGAAGGAUGCUGGGAAGCCUGAACUGCCCCUGCCCCGGAGCCUCUGCGCUCCCUAGGAUAGGGCAGGAAUUCCCAACUUCCCUACGAGUUCCGGACCAAGGGAGCUCUCCCCCUGAGAGGCUACAGGCCCCCUCUGGCCACCCUGCUGUCAGCCCAGGAGCCCUCGCCCCAAGAAAGCAGUUUCUUUCUGGGGCAGUGUCCGGCUUUGUGAUGGCUUCCAGGAGCCAGGGCUUCUCCCCCUCACUGAAAAGCACCCUGAGAACCGCCUUGAUUCCUCCGCAUCCCCUUCUCUGGGUUUCUGCCUAGCUCUUCCAGGACCCCCGCCCUUCCUUCCUCGGGGAGCUCAGGGAGACCCAACCUGGCUUUUGGCACCCUGCUAGCUCCCUGCGGAUGAUCCAGGGCCUGAUACAGAAAGGUUUCUAAGCUGUUGGUUUUUUUCUUUUUUAAUUCAAACUGCCUCAUGCAGCUAAUUCCUCUUAUACAAAAAACAGCACAGAGCUGGCAAACAGGAGAUGGGAGGUGGUUGGGGGGGAUUUCACAGAAGGGUCCGCGCCACGCCUGGGAGCCGGGGAGGGGGUGGGAGAGGGAGGCUUGCUAACCGAACCCUCUCGUGUCUGGGCAGCCAGACAGGAUCCCCGUCCGCGGGCCGCUCUGGCUCAGGCUCAGUCCCCGGAUUUCCAUUAUUUUUCUUGGCUUUUGGAGACCUCUCUCCUAUUGCUCCCCGGAGGUUUAAACCAGUAGCACCAUAGAGCUUUUGCUUCCUCAUGAGCACGUGGGGCACCAGACAGCACCCCCGACCUUUUAAGAAUAAGGCAAGUCCAAUCCAAUGCUUGAAAGCGAUUGGAACUUGGAUGGACCAUGACUAGUCAGGGGCUGAUGACCCUGGUUCCUCCCUGUCCCCCUGAGGGUCUUCUCUGGAACCUCAGGGGGAGCCUAUGGGAGGCAAAGGGAUUUCCCCCCAGAGGGUUGACCCUCUGGCUUGGUCCGAGGAGGUAGAGCUUGGGG